AUGUCGUCGGGCUGGGAAAUUCGCAUGUCCAAUUCGAAGGGCAUACCGUACUACUUCAAUGCUGUCAGCAAGCAAUCAAGCUGGGAUGCCCCCUCAGAGCUAUCGGAGGAUCAGAUCAAGUCUCUUCCCGGCUCACAACACCUGAGUGGCGGCAGUAGCGGAGGUGCUGGGACGAUCACGGCUAGUCAUUUGUUGGUGAAACACAAAGACAGUCGGCGACCAUCUAGUUGGAAGGAGACAAAUAUCACACGCACUAAGGAAGAGGCUACUGACAUUCUCCGAGAAUAUCAGGCCCAGGUUGGCAACUCGCGCGAGAAGUUUGAAGAACUGGCGAGUGUCCAUUCCGAUUGUUCGUCGCAUUCCCAGAGGGGAAACCUCGGACCAUUCUCGAAGGGUCAGAUGCAAAAGCCGUUUGAAGACGCCGCGUUUGCUCUCCAGGUCGGAGAGUUCAGCGAUAUCAUCAGCACAGAGAGCGGUGUGCACAUCAUUUUGAGAACGGCAUAG